AUGUUGUUUAGUGUGAUAAUUGUUGUCUUCACAAGUUUGCUCAACUCAUCCAUUGUAUCAUCUGAAGACACAGAUAUAGAUAAUAUUUGUUACAAAGCGUGUAAUAAUGAAAGUAAAGGUUUCUUAGAGGAACACUGUACUGGUGUAGAUUUAACAUUAAACAAUAGUCACUGUUGUUUCAAUACAUCUUCUUCAAGACCUCGUAUUAUUGGAAUUGAUUUGAGAGGAUGUGAUAUAAGUACUAUUAAGGCUUUGGAUGAAGUUAUAGAAUCUUUGAUUGUCAUAUCAUUAGAAGAUAAUCCAAUUAAAUCAGAUUUAAAUACAGAUUUUAAUGGUUUAAGGAAUGCUGUAUAUUUAUCCUUACCUCCAUCUUUAGAUUGUCCUGGUGAUAAUGAAGCUUGGGAAUCAAUUGAAAAAUCUAAUACCUCAACAAUAUGUCAUAAUCAAAUAGAUACAUGUUUACAUUUUAACAUAUCUUGUCCAGCUAAUUCUGAAUGUAAAAACACUGGUCCAGGAACAUUUGAAUGUGAUUGUUUAACAGGUUAUCAUGGUUAUAAAUGUUUAAAUAAGGGAAAAUUUCCAGCUGCAUAUUAUGGUAUUGGAUUUGCUGUAACAACAGUUGGUUUGUCAACAAUUUUAUGGAUUUUACAGAGAAGACAUGUGAUUAAGAGAACUGAUUAA